UUUUUUUUUUUCCUUCUUUCUUUAUUCUUAUAUAUAGAACUUCGCAACAUUAUAUAUAUAAGGUUUUAUUUUAAUAUUCUAAGGAGAUGACAGAACCAAAAACUACUAGUGAAAAUAAAUCCUCAGUCGUAGAUGACUUUUUCUCGGCAUUAUUUGCUAAUAAAGGAAGUGGUCAAGGUACAAGUAGUUAUGAAACUACUUCUACUUCGACCACUACUACUAAUACAACACCGUCGUCAUUAACUUCUGAAAAUAAGAAUGGACCUGAUGAAAAUAAUUCUGAAGAACAACAAACGAAUUCCCCCAUUAAUGAGACAGCCUCGGAAACAAAAGUAUUAGAUGAGUUUGAUGAGUACUCUCUACUUAGUAGUAGACGACGUAGUGAACAAGCAAAUCCUUCUCGUCGUUCGUCAUCUCAUUCAAGAUACCCAGGAGGUGAUGCACCAGCCCAAAUAUUAUCGAAAAGAGAUAUAGACUGGAGUACUGUUAGCCCUGAGUCUCGUAUGUUGGUACGUCAAUUACCUAAAUUUGUUGAUAAGCAAGAAAUCAUGGAUUACUUUAGCAAGUAUGGUGAAGUAAUUGAAGUUGUACAAAAAAAUUCUUUUGGUUUUGUUCAUUUUGAAAACCCUGAAAUUUGUGCUCGUGCUGUAAAAGCUGAAAAUGGGAAAAUCUUUAAUGGUGUUAUUUUAGAUUUGGAGAUUUGUAAGAAAAAGCCUUAUUUCGCUCGUGUUCUUGAGGAACAGGCGAUGGCAUCUCGUCGAGAAACAUCUCCUCCUCAUAUGCGUGAUUUUUCAAAUCCGAAUAAUAAACGUAAUAGUCGUAGUAGGUCUCCUCCUCCUCGUCGUAAGAGAAGAAAUAGUAAUUCAAGAACUAUGAUUCCUAGUCGUAAUUCUGGGCCGAUGAAUAAUAACCAAAGAAAUCGACAAGUACAACAAUGGGAGUAUAAUGAUAAUUAUGGAAGACGUAAUAACGUAAGAAGAGAUACUCGUUUUGGAGAAUUAGCAUAUAAUCCUACACAAUUACUCCCUACACGUAAUAGCCAUGAAGUUCCUACUGUUCAGAUUAUUUCUUGGAGUGAAAAUUUUCGUAAUUUCAUGAAUUAUGUUGAAAGCGUAUUUGCACAAUAUCAUAUUCGUACCUCUUCUGCUAUAUUACACUAUUCUCAAUCAUCUAAAGAUGAAAUAGUAAAACAAAUGGUACUUGAAGGAGUUAAGGCUAUUAUUAUUAUUGAUCGUUUUAAUGAGUCUAAAAGAAAAGUUUAUCUUCAAGUAUUUUCUGCAAAUAAUCAAGGUGGAGGCGUAAGAUAUGAUGAAUAUGAUAGUGUUACACCUAAUGAGGCAGUUACUAUCAUUCAGCGUUCUCAUCCUCAAAUACAACCACAAGUCUAUAAUAAUACUCCAUCUUAUAUUCCUCAACAACAAUAUCAACAACCCUAUACACAACAAUAUCAACAGCCCUAUCCUCUUCAACAACAGCAAUAUGUACCACCUCAACAACAACAACAGCAGCAGCAACCAUUAAAUUUGGAUCUUAAUACCCUUUCGACUAUUUAUAAUAUGAUUCAAGCCAAAAAUACAAUUCCUGUUCCUCCUACUUCUGCUUAUAAUUCUACUACUACAACUCAAGUAGCCCCUACUACCACUACUCCUACUCCUACUCCUCAGCCUUCAGUACAACAGUUAUUGGCUACUUUAGUGAGUGGAUUAAAUAUGAAUAAUAAUAUGAAUACAGCCCCUACUACAAAUCAAGUAUCUACUCCUCCCGUACAACAACAACAACAACAAACAAACAAGAUAAAUGAACAGCAACCAUCACCAAGUAUGGCAGCAUUAUUAAGUACAGCAGCCAAUGGUAAUCCUACUUUAGCACAACUUUUAUAUCAAAUGACAUCUAAUACAACUGCUGCCACUUCUUCUACUGCUCAAGUCAACAAGUCAACAACUAAUAAUUCAUCUGCAACACAACAACAAUCACCGAGUAUUACACAACAACAGCAACAAUUGUCCUUUGGUUCUUUUACUAGAAGUUAAAGAGAAAAGAUAUUAUAUGUAUUUAUUUAUUUCUCUUUUUCAGUUCCUUUAAAAGGAAUAAAUAUUGAAUAUGUGUAAGAUUAUGCAUUUAAAUAAAUAUAUCAAAUGUCUGCAGAAGAAUGAAUAAUAAAUCUUGAUUUGCUCUGUGUGUGUGUGUGUG